GUGCUUGUAGUAAUGGCUCAUCGAGUGAACAUUGAAGGCAAUUGCAACAUUGGAGUCUUUUCUCUGCUAACCAACUCGUACUGUCUCGUGGGAGUCGGGUCCUCUCAAAAUUUCUACAGCAAGUUCGAAUCCGAGCUGAGUGGGUGCAUGCCAGUCGUCCACUCCUCCAUUGGCGAGUGUCGGAUUGUCGGGAGACUGGCAGUGGGCAACCGGCGAGGUCUUGUACUCCCCCCCGCCACCUACGACACCGAAAUUCAGCACUUCCGGAAUUCCCUGCCUGACUGCGUGGUGGUGACCCGCGUGGACGAACGACUAUCCGCCCUGGGGAAUGUCAUCUCCUGCAAUGACCACGUGGCAAUAGCACACCCAGACUUGUCUAGAGAAACAGAGGAGGUCAUUUCCGACGUGUUGGGCGUGGAGAUCUUCCGCACGUGUCUUGCUGAUGAACUGUUGGUGGGCACAUAUUCCGUGCUCUCAAACAAGGGGGGAAUUGUUGGCUGCUCUUCUGACUGUGUUUAG